CGACGCAAGUGCAUAGAAGCGCAACUGGCUCAAGUACAUAAUGGCAGUUGAAUAAUUUGUGCAAGGGCUUUGUGCAGUUGUGAACAACAAUUAUAUGAAAUAGAAAGUUUACGAAUGCAGACAAGCUACUAACCUCGACAAUGUGGCUCUGGUUGAUAUUGUUGGCAGUGGCGGUAUAUGGCUUUUUGAUCUCCAAGACCACCAAGGAGAUGCCCAAAACUUGGUUUGAAUGGAAAACCGAGUUCCGGUAUCAGUAUUUGGGCAUUGUAGGUCUCUGGCACGAUGGACAUUACGCUGCAAGGGAUCGUGUGGCACUCUAUAGUCAACCGGAUCGUGUGGCUGUCAUCACAGGCGGCAAUCGUGGCAUUGGUCUGCGAAUUGUGGAGAAAUUGUUGGCAUGUGACAUGACUGUUAUAAUGGGCGUUCGUGAUCCCGUGACUGCGGAAAAAGCGGUUGGCAACAUUGUCGACCUAAGCCAGACAAAAGGCAAGCUUAUCUGUGAGAAACUGGAUGUGGGGGAUUUGAAAUCCGUGCGCGCAUUCGCACAACGCCUGAAGGAGAAGCACUCUAAAAUUGAUAUAUUACUAAAUAAUGCUGGAAUUAUGUUUGCGCCAUUCAAACUGAGUUCCGAUGGCUUUGAAUCGCAUUUUGCCAUUAACUUCUUGGGGCACUUUCUGCUGACGCAUCUGUUAUUGCCACAACUGCGUGCCGCUGGACGUGAGGGCAGAAAUGCGCGUAUUGUUAAUGUCAGCUCCUGUGUGAACCUCAUAGGCCGCAUCAACUACAAGGACAUCAAUGGAGUUAAAAACUAUUAUCCUGGCACUGCCUAUAGCCAAUCGAAGUUGGCACAAAUAUUGUUUACGCGUCAUCUGCAAGCGAUGCUGGACGCAGAGAAGGCUCACGUGCAGGCCAAUGUGGUGCAUCCAGGCAUUGUGGACACAGAUCUGUUCGAGCAUUCGGCCACCACGUCGGCGCCGUUCCUAAAGAAGAUCUUCUUUAAGACGCCAGAGCGUGGCUCACGCACCGUUGUAUUUGCAGCCAUAGAUCCCUCCAUUGAAGGUGAAGGUGGCACGUAUCUGAGCAAUUGCGGCAAGGGUCCUAUGCACGGAGAUGCCAAGAAACCUGAAAAAUGUGAAAAGCUCUUCCAAUUCGCCAGCGAGUUGUUGAAAAUCAAGCAGUACGGCACAGGCGUUUAAGCUUGAACUCAUGGCCAGGACCUCAACAAGUGGUGUAACGUGCUAUUUUACUUUUGAUAGUCAUUCCUUUCAUAUUGUAAAUCAUUUUCUAAUGUUUUUUAUAGCUAAACUAUAAGUCUUGAUUGAUUGAUUA